AUGUCUCUAAGCGAUAAGCUCGGGUCUGUCCUCAGAGAACGACCUUCCAUAUUCAGGUCCUUUCUGCUAGGUAUGCUAUGGCAAAAAGCAGUGCCUCAAUACAUCGACAACCACCAAAACAUCCAAGGUCAACAAGGCCUUGACCCUGACAUCGGUCUCCGAGACCCUAACAAAGAUGCCGAGGACCCGAGCACGCCUUACGAGAUCUGGUUGCCGCCACUGCACCGACCGCAUGAAGACACCUAUGCAAGUCGACGCGCCCAGGAACGAAAUGACGCGAUUAUCCCCCUCCCUUCUGCGAGCUGGAGCGCUUCCCCGUCAACCUGCCAUCUCCCUCUCUCCCCUGCAGCCUGCCCUCGCCCAGAUGCGCCGUUUCCUGGCAAGUCCAAUCCUGAGAUGUAG